AUGUCUCCGAACUGCAUCUCUUACCAUCUCCCUUACUGGUUUUGCGGCCGCCACUCAAUGCUCACAACAGCGGCAACGUCUCAGCGAGAACGUUGUCCCCUGUGUGUGUGUGUGUGUUGCCUUUCCGCUGAAAUGCCUUCAACUUUCCUAAGUGGCUUCCACCUACCUCUCCUCCUCCCCUUCCUCUCGCUCACGCGCCUUUUUGCCCCCUUUCCCUCGCCACCUGCAGCGUACCUCAGUCUUGCCCAUUCUCUGGGUUUCUGUUGGGCUCACUUCGGGGCUGUUGGGGUCGGGUAUCCUGAGCCGCCUACAAUGUCCGCAGAAUCUCAGCGUGUCGUGUAUGGCGCGACGUUCGACAUCCCAUACGCCAUCGGCAGUGUAUCUGUUCCACUCGACGCUCUUGCGGCAUCAUCGCCGCCACGAGUAGUGCCACAGGAAGUGAACAAGGCCGGCCCGUCCCCAUCCUCCUCGUGCCGUCGCGGUUUGAGCUCGGGCAACAUCAGCUCCGUGCGUCGAUGUACGCAUCACCGGUACUGCUACGUCCGCGAUGGGGGUGAUCUCUCGCAGGACGCCUUCUAUCGGUGGUUGGAGCAGCAGCAGCAGAAGCACCGGGAAGGCGUCCAUGCAAGUAGCACGAGCAGUCCUCCGAAUGAGGACCCCGGAAGACCAUUGACUCCUACGAUGGGCAUAACAUCCACGAAUGCAACCUCCUCAGCAUUGCCUGAUGCGCCAACAAGUCCCUCGCUCUUUUACGCAUCCGUGAAGUGCGUCGUGUUUGUGCUCCCCAACAGCUUUCCCCACCCCCGCCGUGUUCUUCGGCACCCCCCUUUCAUCAUCGAGGACGAUACGUGGGCGGAGCACCUUGUGGAGGUACAACUGCACUUCUGGCCGCACCUCAAGAUCCCGCCCGCCACGGUCGUGCACCAGGCACUGCUAGAGCGUCGUCUUUCGCUUGGGCCCUCGACUCAGCCGAGUGGUGCUGUCUCUGCUGCUGCGCCGGCAGAAGAUGUACGUGAGGUGUGGGUACCACAGCUGCUGGCGAGCACCUAUGGCAAGCCGAAGUUGCUAUCGGUAGCCACAAACGUGACAGUGCGUGUGCCGACCCAUCAUGCAACAGCGACUGCACCAGACACGACCAAGGCUGCCAGUCGCAUGGUUGUCGUUGCUGAGAAGGUCGACACACUUCAUCUGUAUCACCCUUCUCUCGACGUGGUUCGGCACAUUCGAGCAGUGCUCGCCAUGUCGCGCCUGCCCGUUCUGGAGGCGCUGCGCGAGGCCUUUGACGCAGCCUACUCGACGCCUCCUCCCAUGAAUGCGAAUGGCAGCAGUCACAGCGCGACGUCUUCUACACUCACUGACGUGGAGGUGACGCCGGGGGUAGCAGUGGACACAUCGCUUUCAACGCCGUUCGCGCACUCGUGGUCGCUCCCGUUUGAGGAUACUAUUGCCGAGUACGCCGAGCAGCGCGCGUCAACGUCGGUGGCGGUGCUUCAAGCGGUAUUGGAGAAGCUGAAGCGUGAGCGGCAGGAGAUGGAGAAGUCUUGCGAGGGGUCCAUGGAGCAGAUUGUGGAGCUCGCCACCGUCGCACUCCCUACCCAACUGCAGCGGGUACACACGCGGUGUAUGAAGCUCUACAGGAAGGAGUAA